UAGGAAGUCUGACGCCGACAUAUUUCUUUUUAUACUUGUCUCUGUCCUGUGCUGCACGUGGGAAUAUAAACCUGAAAACAUGGUUGCUCUAAAGAAGCAGAAGAAGGCUAUUGAGAGCAUCAACAGCAAGUUGGCUCUGGUUAUGAAAUCCGGCAAAUAUUGCUUAGGAUACAAACAGACGCUGAAAACUCUCAGACAAGGCAAGGCUAAGUUGAUCAUAAUUGCCAACAACACACCACCACUAAGGAAAUGUGAAAUAGAAUAUUAUGCUAUGCUGGCCAAGACCGGAGUCCACCACUACACUGGUAAUAAUAUUGAGUUGGGAACCGCCUGCGGUAAAUACUACAGGGUUUGUGUAAUGUCCAUUACGGAUCCUGGAGAUUCAGACAUUAUCCGUUCCAUGCCAGCUGGAGACCUUCUCCCAACGGCCCAAUAAGGAUGAUUACAAUAAGUUUAUUAUGUAUAAAUUUUAAAAUAACUGUUGUUAGUUUAUAUAUUGACAAAAGAAUGGACAAAUAGAAAUUGACAAUGGUAA